CGUGGGCGUGUUGAUCACGCGAGAUUAUACGAGAGUUCCGGCACCUGAAAAAUCAAGAUGGCGACACAGACCCAUGAGUUCACAGUGGAGAUGACCUGUGGAGGGUGCUCUGGUGCCGUCAGUAGGGUGCUGACCAAAAAGGAGGGUGUGGAGAAGUUUGACAUUGACCUCGAGGGUAAGAAGGUGUUUGUGACCUCCAGCCUGUCUUCUGAGGAAAUCCUGGAGACACUGAAGAAAACGGGGAAGGCCACAAGCUACGUGGGGACCAAGAACUGAGGGCCCGAAGCAACCCAUUGCCAACAAGACCAACUAAUGUGUGAACAGUCACCACAUCAGUGACUUACAGGAGCAAAUGGCCACAUUGUUAGUUAACCAGCCAGCUGUAGUGUCAUCAAGAGAUGAAGUAGAUUUCUGUGAUGAUCAUGAUCAUGAUAAAUUAUCAACGUAAGGUUUGGGCUAUUGUGAUUAUCAUAGUGGCAAAUUUUUAUUUCAGUAAUGUGUAGUGCUGCAUACCGGUUCACUGGACUUGGAU